GCAAGACACAGAAGUGAGCACAUCAUCUCUCAAGACAUAAAGAAAACUACUGUCUGACUCUUCAAGAUGGUGAAGGAGAGCGGCAACGGGAACUCUGAUGUUGGAUCAGAGACGUCACACAGGUGCGGCCUGUCCUGCCUCGGUCCUCUGACCUUCCACCCCCGUGUUGUGGGGGACAUGGUCCGCCUCAGCCAGGGGUGUCGCCUGGCAGAGAAGACGAAGAACACAUUUAAGAAUGGCCUGGUGUUCAGCAGCCGCCCGGUGAAGAUCCAGGAGAGGAUUCGUCUGAGGGUGGAGAAAGAUUCAUUCAACUGGCACGGAGCUCUGCGUGUGGGCUUCACCACUGUGCCGCCCUCAGCCAGAUCUCUGCCUCUGCCCCUCAUGGCCAUCCCCAACCUCACUGACACCCAGGGGCACUGGGCCGCUCCUGUGCAUGAAUCCCUCUGCAAAGCAGGUUCAGAGCUGGAGUUCUGGGUCUCUGCUGGGGGCAAUUUAUACGUCACAGGCAACAACAGCGAGCACAAGCUACUAACAGGAGUGGAUCUCAGCCAGCCACUGUGGGCCAUGAUAGACAUCUACGGACAGACAUGCUCUAUUUUCCUUCUGGGUUCAGAGAAAAGAAAUCUGUUUCACACCAGACGGUCCUGUCCUGCACCUGAACGCCUCACCUCACCUGAUGUUGACAGUCACUACAGUUUGACAUCUGAUGUCUCGAGACUCUGUGGAAGCAGUGAUGAAUGCAUGGACGAAGGUGAAGGCAGCGGCUGUGUGGUGUGCAUGGACAAACAGGCCAGAAUGACUCUGCCUUGUGGCCACCAGUGUUUGUGUAACCAGUGCGCCUCCAGGGUCUUCCAGCAGUUUGGCACUUGCCCGCUGUGCAGACACAAGAUCAGAGCUCCAUCAGAGGAGGGGAGGUGUGUCUCAGGGCUGCCCUGAGCUCCCAGACACCAGGCGGGAAUCACCACCAAAUACAAGCUACUGAUUGACUGUGACAAAAAGAAGAAAAACAUUGAGUAGCACCUCCUGAACGUGUCCUGAUUGAAGCCAGGAACUUUUGUCACGUGUCUCUCAACCCUCUCUUCCUUCUUAUGUAAAUGUUGUACAGCAUGUGUAAGAUAAGAUGUAUAGAGAUGCUGACGUGAAGAUACUAUGCACUGGUGUAUUUUCUCAUGAUGUGAAAGAAAGAAUACUGUGAAACUUUGCUGCUUGAAAACUUUUAUUGUGAUUGUUAAAUAAGGAUAAAGACAAACAUGAAUCCUUUUUGAUGAAGACUAUCUAUGAUGCACUGAAAGCACAUGAAAAGUAAUGUACAUUUACUGUACAGAAUAUUUUGCCUAUUUGAUGGAGUAAAUCUUAAAUUAUUCUUGUAAAAUUAUAUUUUUAUAUUAUUUGUUUGUCUAAAUAUGGCUGUAAAAAUAAAAUGGAUUAUAUCUUUCA